AUGGCAAGAAAGAAGUCUGCUACUAAAAAAGCUCGUGAAGAAGCUGAAAAAGCUGAACAAUUAAAACUUGAAGCUCAAAAGAAACAAAUUGAAGAAGAAGAAGAUUCAAAUUCAAAUGAUGAAGAAUCAGAAGAAUCUGAAGAAGAAGAUGAUUUUGGUGAAUUAAUUACUGAAGAUGUUGAUCAAGGUAUUGAAAAAGUUUUACAAGCUAUUAAAACUGGUGAUAAGGCAUUAUUUGAUCCAAAAGUUCGUUUUUUUAAAGAAUUAGAAGAAGCUAAUGAAAAAAAUUCUAAAAAAGAAAAACCAAUUUAUUUAAAAGAUUAUCAUAGAAUGAAUUUAUUAUCUGGUGAUGCAUUAAAAGAAAAUGAAGAAUUAGAUCAAGAAGAAUUUAAGACUUAUGAUCAAGAAAAACAAGAAGAACGUGAUGAAGUUUUAUCAGAAAUUAAAAAUGCAUUUGCACAAGCUGGUGAAGAUGAUGAAGAUAAUGAAGAUGAUGAUGAAGAUGAUGGAUUUUUAAAGAAAAAAGAAUCUAAAGCUGAUGAAGAAGAUGAAUCAAUUCAGAGUAGAUUACCAAAUCCAGAAGUUGAUGAAGAAAAGUUUUUAUUAGAAUUUGCCAAUAAACAUGCAUGGAUCCCACAAAAAGGUGAUAAAAUAAUAAAUCUAGAUAAAAGAGGUGAAGAAGAUGAUGAAGAAUUUGAUGAUGCUGCUGAUAAAUUUGAAAAUGCAUAUAAUUUUAGAUAUGAAGAUCCAAAUGCUGCAGAAAUUAUAAGUUAUGCACGUAAUCAAGCAACAGUUAGAAGAAAUGAAACUGGUGGUCGUAGAUUGAAAAGAGAAAAAGAGAAACAAGAAGCUAAAAAAUUAAAAGAAGAACAAGAGAAACAAAUUAAUAAGAAAAAAAAUGAAAAAGUUAAUAAAUUAGCUAAUAUCUUGGAACAAAUUAAAAAUGAUUAUGGUGCUGAAAUUAAUGAAGAUCUUGUUAAGAAAAUUAGUAAUUCAUUACUUGAUAAAGAUUUUGAUGAUUCUCAAUGGGAUAAUUUAUUACAAGAAAUUUUCAAUGAUGAUUUUUAUAAUGAUGAUGCUAAAAAACCAACUUGGGAUGAUGAUGAUGAAAUUAUGAAAGAUUUCAAACCAAGUAAACAAGAUGAUGAUGAAGAUGAAGGUGAAGAUUUAGGUGAAGAAGAAGAAGAAGGUGAAGCUGAAGAAGAAACCAAAGAAAAAGAUGAAGAUUCUGAAGAACCACCAAAGAAGAAAUCUAAAAAGGAUGAAUUAAAAGAAAAGAAAGAUAAAAAGAAGGAGAAAAAACGUCUCAAGGAAUUAGCUGAAAAGGCAGUUGAAGCUAAUAAAUUAAAAUUAGUUGAUCAAAUUGAAGAAGAACGUGAAGGUCGUUCAAAAGAAAAGAAAGAAACUUUUAAAUAUCGUGAAGUUUCACCAGAAACUUUUGGUUUAACAACAAGAGAAAUUUUAAUUGCUGAUGAUACUCAAUUAAAUGAAUUUGUUGGUUUGAAAAAAUAUGCACCAUAUAGACCAAAAGAUCAAAGAAUUAAAGAUAGAAGAAAAUUAGCAAAAGCUAAACAAUUAAAAGAAUGGAGAAAAAAAGUUUUCAAAAAUGAAAAUGGUCCACAAGUUGAAGAUGAUAAAGAAGGUGAUAUUAAAAUUCCAGUAAAUGAAGAUAAAAAGAAGAAGAAUAAAAAAAGAAAACAUAAUAAAGUAUAG